AUGAGCAAGGACAAGGAGGAGAAACAGCUCUUGGAAGAUGCCUCCACGCUUUUGAUGUUCGCUAACGCCGCUGCCCGGCAACGAUCUCCGCCAUCGCCGCUGGCUCAAGGUAACCAACAACAACGUCUGCCCCAUGCCCAGCUGGCGGCUAUUCCAGUCCAGCACCCGUUUCCCCCUGAACACAAGCCUCUGUUUGAUCAUAACAGACCAUACGACCAGCCUGCCCCUCCAGCCGUCUACCCGCCAAUCCAGGCGCAAACGAACUUUGGCAGCCACCAGGACGUCAGCAACACAUCCCAAGGCGUGCAGCAGCAGCGGCCUCAUUUUUCUCCGCACACCGCUCUACCGCAUAUGGUGCCCACACAAGCAUACUACUCCUACGCCUUCGGCGCGGGCGCAGCGCUACCGCCCAAACAGCCUGUGCAGAAUCUGUACUCUCCUCCAGGAGAACCAGAUCAGCAGCCUCGCCGUGCGCUGACAGCUUUUCCCUCAUCGUUGCCUCUACAAUCGAGUACCUCGGCUCAGAGCGUUUUGCCAGCCCAGGGCAAGUUUCAAACCCAUGUACGCACGCCUUCCGGUGGGUACUAUCCACACAGGCUGCCCCCAGGCCACGUUACGUCUCCCGGCCCAGCAAGCAUGGUGCUUUCUCGGGGAAUCAAUGUGGAGUCGGGCAAGAGAAACACAAACAAUGCAGUCAUUGCCGCAGCAGCUUUAGCGGCUGCUGCUGACAUUCCUCUUCCUUUGAAAGCUGCAGAAAAGGAAAAGCGAGAAAAUGAAACCAAGACCAUCGACAGUACGCGGGAACCGAAAGCAGACAUUUCAUCAGACACAAAGUGGGAGAAAUCAGUGCAACCGAAGAAAGAAGACACACUGGAAGCCGUUGCAGGACAGGUCUCGGGAAAGCCCGAAGCGCCAGCAGCAACAAAUCAAGCGCCGAUAUCCACGGCUCAAGCACAAGAAAACCUCCAGCGUGAAGCAGUUCUUACAGAGCCGGAAGACGAUGCACAAACAGAUGAAGAACCUUUGAUAGAUGAACCAAUCAAACCCGACACUCCGCAAAGCAUGACAGAAGCUGAAGUGGCGGACCCUGGUGUUGACGGAAACGAAUCUAAAACUGAACCGGAAACAGUCAUUGUCAAGAGGGAAUCCACUCCGAUUCCGCCACUCGAUUCCUACAAAGUUGACCCAGAUUCUGGUGUCAUCGGUUGCAUAUGUGGAAUCGAAGAAGAUGAUGGCUUUACUAUCCAGUGUGAUGUCUGUUUCCGUUGGCAGCAUUGCAUGUGUAUGGGGUACCAAACUAACGAGGAAGUUCCCGAAGACGUGUACAAGUGUUAUUACUGUGAUGAGUCAAAGUGGAACAAAUUUGAUCCCUCCACAUGCCGAAACGAUACACUUCACAGACUAGAUUUGGAGAGAGUAAAUGAGCCAGAAGCACCACCAGCAACUAAACGAAAGUCUCUGACGUCCGGAAGCGAUGACAAGAAAAGAAGAAAAUCUGAAAAAGAUGCCAAAUACGCUUCCGAAAAGCAAGGUGGAGAAAAACGCAAAGUUUCUGGCUCUAACGCAUCAUCCUCUGCAUCUACAGUGCAGUCAGCCACAAUCAAUAUUUGCAACAAGAAUAACACUCAACUUGAGGACGGAGUAUCUGCAGAAGCUUAUCAAGGAGUGUACUAUAAAUUGACAGCCAAUGAUUUCAAAACCCCAUACGUCAAGGAAACAAUGGCUCGUUUGGGCGAUGUCGUCGGGAAAGGUAAUUUUCCUGGCAUCGAAACUCUUCCAUUAUCUCAAUUUCAAUCCAUCGAAUUGAGCAAAGUUAUUUUGCCCAAUUAUCAAAAGCAUUUACAAGAGAAGCAAGAUGGGCGCCGAAACAAGCACUGUAAUGGAACCUCAAUCCAGGUUAAGACGUACAGCGAUAACCCUAAGCAAAAAUAUGUUAGUGUUCCAAAAAUCGGAGUUUUCAUUUCGGGAAAUCAGAAGUCUCCGGAACAAGAAGUUACAAUUUCUUCAGGUACAGCGAUCAUAGAGUACUUGGGAGAAGUUGAUUUUUUUGAUCUGUAUGCUACAAAUUGCGUUAAUCAAUAUGGUACUUGGGGUACUGUGAAGCCAAAGGUAGUGAGAGUGGAACUACCUAAUACAAAUUCCUCGGAAUCAUCUUCAUUUGUUGUUGAUUCCAGGUUUGUGGGCAAUGAGGCGAGGUUUAUUCGCAAAUCUUGUAUCCAUGCCGCAAACUGUGAAAUCAGGCCCAUUUAUAUUCCUGAACUCAAAACAUUCAAAUUCGUCGUUUACACCACGAAACCUAUAGUACUUAAAGGAGAAGUUAUGGAGGAGGAGUUAAGGCUUCCUUGGCAAUGGGAUGUGCAUCAUCCAAUCAAGAAAAUGAUCAAGCAAACAGCCAGUGGCGAGUUUGAAGAAGGAGCAAAGUUUGAUGAUUUCGAAGACGAAGAAAAGGUUCUUCUUGUCUCCGGUGUCGACAAGAUUUUGAACUUUGUAGAAUGUGCCUGCAACACCACUUCCAUGAAUCUGAUUUGUCUGAUCUUCAAAGUGAAAAAGGCGACUUCAUAUUUAUUGCGCUCUACAAGAAAAGCGUCUAGCCUUUCAAAUGCUGGGUUUAACAAAUCUAAGGAGGAAUUAGUGAUGCCGAAGAAGGAACGAGAAUUUUUCUCUUGGAUACAGCGAUUAAAGGAAAGAGAUGAAUCUAUUUAUCUGGCUAUUUUUGCUGGUGAUUUACUACACGAACGAAGUGAUGACGAGGAAUAUGGCUCAGAUCUAAAUGCUACAAGCAGAGAAGGUUCUGUUUCGGUGCAAAAGGUUAUAGAUGAAGCCAACGUCAAAACUCCGUACAAGCGGAGAAUGUUCGCUCAAGGCAAACGGUACGCAUCAAAGAAGUUUAAGAUCGAGUCUGGUACUCCUGAAAGCGUAAAUGAUGCAGAAGUUUUGCUUAGUGUUCCCAAGAUCAUUGCUGUACCGUUGGUUGAUGAUAUUUUGACUACAAUAAAGGAGACGGUGAAAAACAAAUUGCACCUCCCUGGAAAGCUUACCAAUACAGCUUCUUCCACAGUAAAGAAGGAAGUAACGUCUGCUAAUCCUGUUCCUUCAGUUCUUAUGCAAAAGGACAAAGUGCCUGACAUAAAAAAGGUUGGCGAAGAUGCGCCAGUGACUGGCCAGCCUAAACCACCGACAGUCAAGAAACUUUCAUUCGCAGACUACAAGAAGAAAAUGAAAUGA